GAGGAGGACGGAGAGAGAGAGAGAGAGGGGGGGGAGAGAGGGAGAGAGAGAGAGAGAGAGAAAGAGAGGAGACAUUCUGGAUAAAGGCUACGAGAAAAACCAUGAUGAUAAUGGAGUCGAGGCGGAGGGGAAUGUCGGAUUUACGAGAAAGGACUGUUGAAAUUUGACAGGGGGCUCGUGUUGAAACCUUUUCUCUAUUUUUUUUCCUUUUUUAAUUUCAUUGUGUUUGAUUUCCACAUGCUGCGUGGACACUGAAGGCGAGCAGAGGAAGGGGAGCACCCCACGGAUGCCUCGGAAGGUAAAAACGGGGUCCACCGCUGGCGCUACAGGCAACAAAACGCAUCUCAACUCACGGAUGAUAAUAAAGGACAUCCUGAAGAUAGCUCUGUACUGAUGGAUGAAGGAUGAACAACAGCUUUAACCCCCUCCAACCGACGACUGUGAAAUAAAGAAAAUCCUAUUUUGAUGGAUUGUUUUUAAUCAUUCAUGGUGUAGCCCCGCGGAAACGAGCCUUAGACAGCAAUGUUGAAUCACUGGUCUUGGUAAAUUAUUCAUUAGUGGUAUAGGUAGGCUAUGAUUUUGUAUUGCUUCAAUGUAGCAUUCCCCGCCAUUCAUUUUUACAAUGUUUAGCCUUGCGAGAUCACAUACAUAUUUGCAUCUUACAUUUUCAUCGUGUGCUUAUGUAGGCCCAUUUAAUAGCCUUUAACAGCCACAUAAGAAACAGCCAAAGCGGGGAGAAUAUUGGCGCAGGAAAGCUUUGACAUAGAGAAGGGGAAAAAAAACAAAAUCUGGAUAGUGAGGGGUGUCGAGCUGUCCGGGAUUUUUUUUUUUUUUUUUUUUUUUUUUUUAAGAUUUACAUUUACAUUUCUUAUAAGAGUCUAAAGGGGAGGAGGACGGGGGUGGAAAGAAAGCUAUAAGGAAAGAGAGAGAGAGGAAAAGAAAAACCAUCAAACAUGUUGCCUUCUCAAGAAGCCUCCAAGAUCUACCAUGACAAUUAUAUGCGCAACUCCCGGGCCAUCGGGGUGCUGUGGGCCAUCUUCACCAUCUGCUUCGCCAUCGUCAACGUGGUGGUGUUCAUCCAGCCCUACUGGAUCGGCGACAGCGUCAACACGCCGCAGGCCGGCUACUUCGGCCUCUUCCACUACUGCGUGGGCACCGGGCCGUCGCCCAGCCGGGAGCUCACCUGCGUGGGCAGCUUCUCCGACUUCAGCUCUAUCCCGUCCGGAGCCUUCAAGGCGGCCUCGGUGUUCGUGCUGCUGUCCAUGGUGCUGAUCCUCAGCUGCAUCGCCUGCAUGGCGCUCUUCUUCUUCUGCAACACCUCCACCGUUUACAAAACCUGCGCCUGGAUGCAGCUGCUGUGUGGAGUGUGCCUGGUGCUGGGUUGCAUGAUCUUCCCUGAUGGAUGGGAUGCUGAGGUGAUCCGGGACAUGUGCGGAGAGCAUACAGGGAAAUACUCCCUGGGUGAUUGCUCUGUACGCUGGGCCUAUAUGCUGGCCAUCAUGGGCAUCCUGGACGCCCUCAUCCUCUCCUUCCUGGCCUUCGUCCUGGGUAACCGGCAGACAGACUUCUAUCUUGAUGAUCUGCAGACAGACAACAAAGAUUUUGCUGUGUCAAGGAUUGAGGUUCGGGACAGAAGAGAGCCACGAUAUGGAGUGCAGCGUCUUCACUGAGGGCACUGAUGACAGUGGACAACUUCUCUUUUCUUCUCUUCUCUUCUCUUCUCUUCUCUUCUCCCUCAUCCAUUUCUUUUCCUCUCUUCUGUCCUCCUCUCCUACUGUCGUCCUUUCUUGUCUCCAAUGAUCAGGAUAUCACCCAAUCUCAAUGCAGAUACCAAGUGUACAGGAUUCUGUAAGAUAAAAAAACAAAAACAAAAAAAAACAGAACAAAACAAAACAAAACUCACUGGGAUAAACUAUAUUUUGAAAAAAAAUUAUACAAGGUUGUACAGUGCAUUUAACACUAGACUUUCUCAACAAAUACCUUUAUGAUGAAAGAAAAAAAAAAGAUUUACUCUAUUUAAAGUCUUGAUUUGUGUGAGAAAUUCAAUCCUUACGAUGAAGAACCAUAAUGUCCAUCUAUGAUUUCACAAUGAUUUAUUUAAAAUCUUGCUAUCUAAUGACUUUGAGUUUGUGUGUUGUGUACAUUCAUAGCUUCAGAGAGCAGAUUAUUGAUAUUCCUCAUACAGUGAUAGAGUCAAGACUCGCAAUACAGCAGCAAGUCCAUUAUUAAACAACAUUCAAAACACUUCAGCCGGGACUUGUAUGGCUCUUCAUCUAAGGACUUUCAAAUAUGAGGAAUUUAAAGGAGUACCCCAUUGCAGCUUUACAGAACCUAACAUCUCUGGGAGAUUCUCUACUGUACAUACUGAACAAUGUAAAUAGCAUUACUGCUGACAAAAACAGCCGACAACAAAACCUCAUCUGACUCUAAUGCAUUCGAGUAUAGUACUUCUACCCUUGGUUUCAGUGUUCCUUGUGCUGGAAGAGCAUCGGAGUAUGUGCAAAUCCAUUGUGUUUAUCUGACUCCUCACUACUGAUUUGGUGGGAUUAGACAGAUGGGAAUAAAAUGGAUAUCUUCGCUGGAUAUUAAACAGAAAAGCAGAGCACCAUAAAUCAAAGUGAUCAUGUGUGAUCACAGUUUUUUUGACAAAGAAAAAAGACGCUUCCCCUGCAUCAACAUGGCCUCAAAUCAAGCCCCUUACUGUAGUAUUUCACCCUGCAGUAUACAGUAAAAAUUUAAAUUGCUGAACUGAAUUGCAGCUGUCCAAGUCAGACUUAGAAGUCUGCGUUCCCUACUUUGUAAUACCCUUUCUCCAGUGUGCAGUUUACUCCAGUUUAUGGUUCCAGCAUAUAGUGAUCAGUUUACUCUACAAAUGUCUUAAGACUGUGUGAAUACGGCUGUAUGAGUCGGCCUUCUCUCAGAGGGAAGCCCCAAGUGCUGCAUUGUCUUAAGGUGAUGUCACUAAUAUGCCUCUUAGCUGCUUGCAGUAGUCAUAGGAGUUAUAAGUUCGACAAAAUCACAUCAAAUAACCCCCCAAAAUGAGGACAAAAUCCUUAAAGUGCACUCACUCACUUCAAAAUGUUGCAGAUGUAAUGUGUAUUAGUCAGCAGAAUAUACUGUGACUUGGUGUCCUACCAUAUAAUUCUUCAAGUCAUGUUAGAUACAUUUUUUAUGUCAUUACGAGACAGGGAUGUGGUCAAGUCCUCCCAAGGCACCGUCUGUGAGCCCAGUGUAAAGUGGCCAGAUUUAAAUAUAUUGGGCCUCAUGCAAGAACUUUUUAAAAUUGUACUUUUUCUGUAAAGUUUGAGCAUAAGAGUGUUCAAUAUCAGAUUCAGAAAAAUUGUUGUAAAUUACUUGUUUCAUAAUGAUUACCUUCUCAUGAGGCAGCUUGUGUUCACGAAAUGUUAUCAUUAAUAUAAUCAGCAUCCUUUAAAAUGCUACAUAAGGCUACCUGUUCUGCUCCAUUUGUGGGCAGGUUUCAUUCAUUGAAAUGUGACUUAAUAGUAAAAAAUACAAAUUUCACCUCAGAGAUUCAUUUUCUGUUGUUGGAAAUCUGCAAACAAAAACAUGAUAAAUUUAGCAGUUUUAGUUGUUUUAUAUUUUUAUGAUAAUCAUCACCAGAGCAGUGCCACACUGUGACAAAAAUAAAGGAGAUGUGUUGUGACAUGAAAUAAGAUGCUAGAAAAAAUCUUGCUCCUGAGGCAGCUGACAGAGUGAGCAGCUAGUUGCCAUGCAAAAAUUUACCAAAAGAAUCAUGAAUCCAAAAGAAGAAGAAACUAAAGUUGUCCAGCCUCCCAGUAAAUUGGCAAGCCAUGAUUAUACAUUGACAGAAUAUUCAUCUUCAUUUUAAUUCAUUUUGGCAACAUAUUUAAACUUUUUAAUCUAACUAAAUCAAUUUCAAUUGAGAAAUGCAGAUUAGCUUCUAGUAUCUGUUCAUGACUGCUAUGACAGGUCUGAACCACUUGUGAACUUUAGAAGUACCUUCUAAACGAAUUUAGAAUUUAAAAACCAAUUUUUUUCAUGCUGUACUUACGAUUCUUGCACGAGGCCCUUUGAGUGUAAUAAUCCUGGAAUCAGCCUAUAAAAUCCCAUGAGCUACAGUGAUUUGUUUUCAGUGGUAGAAUGGAACUCCCCAGGCUGAUAAAAACCUCCAAAUUCCCAGAGGAAAUGCGAAGGACGUGAUCUCAGUGUCCUCAGCCAUAGCUACUAUCCUGGUCAUGGGCUCACAUGUGAAAAAAAGUAUUAUUUCUGUAGCAUUGUUAUUGUGACAUGCCACCAAAAACCCAGAUUACUGUUGUUCCGACAACAAUGUACCUUGAUGUAGCACUUGAGACAACACCACUAGUGUCAUUGGUUGUUAUCAAAACACCUAUGACAUGAAUUACUGCUGACAUAUUUAUGACAAUGAUCAUUGCUACACCAGCAACAUAAAUUGUUAAAAACUACAGGAUGUUUCCAGCAUGACAAUGCAAGUUAUUGGCUUGACAAACCUGGUUGGUUGCUUUGACGACUCGUGUGACAACCAGGGAGAUACUGUAAAUUGUGUUUCCUCUUUUUAAUCAUAUGAACAUGUGCUACUUUGAACCUAAAAUUGGUACCUGCUCUGUAAAUUUGAAAUCUUUUUCAAAUCAUCUUUUACUCGGGUUGAUGAUGCUGCCAGUAUGAGGCCUGUGACUCACCACUGUACCCAUGAGCACAGUUAUAACUUCUACAGGCUAUAGCCACUUGAUAUGUCUGCAUCAGUGACACUGAUUGUCAUGAUAUCAGUGACAUUGCUCUAGGUAUGAUUCAAACAUGUGACAAGUUGCAGUUGCACAGUAUGAUAGAGCAGGCUGCUGUAAUUUAGAGCACCAUGGGGCUCUUAUCCCUCUCAGAGCAGCACUUCAGGCUGGCAUACUGUAACUGAGCUUCCUAAAGCACCAAACCUGGGUUGAGUCUCCAUGGGAAUAAAAUCAGCUGUGUAAUAAAAGCACACAGUUAAUUGUUUCAUAUGAGAAAUUGGCAUGCUUUGCCCAUUUGGGGGGGAAGGCACGAUCAUACAGUAAACCCUGAGAAGUAAUUGAAUCCAUUUCACUGAGCAAUUCAACCACACUAGGUGAUCUGCGUUCUGUGAGACAGCUGCAGACAGCAGUUUAUUUAACAGGCAACAUCACAAAGAAUAUGCAGUCCACUGAGGGACUGCUUAUACUGCAUUAUGUUUGACUGUAAUCCAUGUUACACUGUGGUAGGGAUGCACUGUUAACACGUUCAUUAUGGGCAAAUCAAAGCACUAAUCUUAAAAUAUCAAGCACCACAAUUUACAUUUACACCUACAAAAGAUCUGAAGUAUAAAGAAAAUCAAGAAUUAGAUUUGGACGUAGGUAAUGGCUCAUUUCUGCCAGAUAUUGACUCAGAAGGUUGUCCUGGAUGGGUUGAUCGAUGCAUCCCUACACUAUAUACAUAUAAUGAGCAGAUAGCUAGAUGUGCAGUGUGUUUUUUAGAAUGGUAGCUAGCUAACUCUCAGGAAGCUGUGUACACAGUACUGUAUUAAAGGCUCAUUAUGGAAAUGAUCAACAAACACACACAAGUCAGACGAUGCUCUCGUGAUGUGGUCAUCGACAAAAUGACUCAUUACUCUACAGCGUACCUUGUUAGUAAAGUUUCAGUUUUGGAUAAAAUAGCACUACUACUACUGGUUUUCCAAGCUGGGCCUUUAAGACAAUAUGAAAACAGCCCUUAUGCUGAAUCUAAUGAUGCUGUCCAUGCAAGCUCUGCACAGACCUUGGCCUACAUCUAUCAACUGUCUUAGGGUAGGAGUGCUGGGCCCUCAUUCAAGAAAAGUUUGUUUCACUUAAACCUUGAAGUAACUGUGCAAGCAUUUGAAAAAAAAAUAUGAUAGAAACAACUGAAACAGUAUUUACAGACCUCAUCCAUUUGGUAUUGCAAGAAAUAUGUUUUUGCUUUUGAUAUGUACAUGAUCAUUUGAAAAAAAUCAGUGCACUUGCUGAGACAUCAGCAUGGUGAUUUUUUAUAUGUAAAGUUUGCAUAAAGCAGGCGGUAAUGUCUCUCAUACGGUAUAUAUUGUGAUUUAGACAUCUCCUAUAGUGUGCAUCUCUCAUUUGGGAAUACUUUUUUGGGCCCAGGACAUAUUUUACAACAAAUCUACGAAAAGAAACUAACAAAGGAAAAAGCCCUGAGGCCUAAGUGGCCGUGUCAGGCUACCAAGCAUCAUUACCUGUGUGAUCAUUGGUCUGGUCUCCUCUCCGGGUACUCUGUUCCUGAGGACUUGACGAUGAACUGAAAAAUACCUUAACAAGGAACUGACAAUACCUUAACCCUGAUGAGCACAUAUUUGUACCACUCCAGGUGCCUCUAAGAACUCUUGAUUUAAUUCAGAUGUGGUGCAGAACCAGCAAAACAAGUAGUGACACUGUAGUUUUUUCUACUAAAGACUACAUACUCUGACUGAGCUCUGAAGCUAGAUGGAUUUUACUGCAGGUUUGAGGUCAAUUCAGUUUCAACUCAAACAACUGAAACUAAAUUAACUGAGAACAGUUUCCCUCAUCUAUUUAACUUGAUUUGGGGAAACAUUUUGAUAUUUAGAACUGGAAAAAAACUGAGUUAAUUUUCUUUUAUUUUCAGUUUGUGAUUGGACUCCAAAUCUGAAUUCACCUCAGUCUUGAAUCACAGAAUCAUCAAAAGUUGUGAAAAAGAAUGAAAAGCUAAUAAAAGGACACAGAGUCAAUGAGAAGUCAUUUCCGGUCUUGCGCAGCAAACAAGAUGUUUGUUGACAAUGUAAAUGUCAUUGAUCUGUCAAUGAUUUCAUCAUAGUUUUUAUCAUGCAAUAUCAUGUAUAAAUACAUAAUGUUGGGGGUGGGACGGGUUUGGGGCAAAGAUGAAUAAUGUCCAGUGACUUAUGUUAUGAUAACAGUUGACUUUCUGUUAACUCCUGAAAUGCAGAUGUUGCCAAAAUACCAUCAACUAUCAUGUGUUAACAUGAAAAAAAGAGAAAUAAUCAGUUUUUGUUUUGUAUAACAAAAGAAUGAUAUACUGAUAUUUGUCAAGUACUUCUGAUGAGAUCUUUGUUUUAUGUGUUAACUACAGAAUCUUUCCUUUCUGUUAUGAAUUACUUUCUAUGUAUUUUGGUAUGAUGUAUGAUGAUUGUUGUUCUGUCACAUCAGACUUAACAUCUCAGAAUCAAUUUUGACUCACUUAUGGAUGACUGCUUGUUGAAAUCUCAACACCCAAAAAUGUAUACGAGUCUAUUUAUAAAGUUGCUUGAUCGUGGACAAGUGGACAGAGUCUGAAAGAGGCUUGUUGCUUUUCAUGGAUUAUAAUGACAUGCUGAUUUUGAUUUGAAAAUUAUAAUGUCUAAUUAAUUCCUAUUUGUGAAUAGUAUUCCAACUCACCAUGAUGACAAUUUCUGUUAUUGAAACACAUUUUGAGAAGGUCGAAUAAAGAUAUUUUACAUUCAAAAACA